AGCAGAAAUGCCAUAUACAACCUUUCGAAUAUCUAUUGAUCUUCUAAUGUGUUUCUGUGAACUGCAGUUUCGUCUGCGGCUCUUCAUUCAAACUUUGAUCGUCGGCAAAUAUGCAAAUAGUUUUGUCCGACAGAAUGUUCUUCUUCAGCUAACUCUGGGUUUCAUUCUGGAGUUAGUCUGCUCUGUCACAUGUUUGUGUUGCUCUAGGGAAGCUGUCUUUAGGAAGAGAGGAACUAUGGCUACAGCAGCGAGCCUGAGUCUUAUGAAGUCUGGAGAUCUGAUCAAGAAAGAGCCUUUGGAUUACGGAGGGUUUGGGGAGGUUUACCUGUGUUACCACAAAACCCUGGGCCAGGUGGUGCUGAAGACGGUCUACACCGGCCCUCCGCGCAACGGCCGGCAGAAGCAGUCUCUUCUGGAUGAAGGCAGUCUGAUGAGCAGGUUAAGCCAUCAGCGAGUGGUCAAGCUGCUGGGGGUUAUUCUGGAGGACGGAGACUAUUCUUUAGUCAUGGAGCUCAUUCCUAAAGGAAACCUGCUCACCAUGCUGGAGACGGUGCCUGUUCCAAUAUCUGUGAAAGGGAGGAUCAUUCUGGAAAUCGUGGAGGGAAUGGUUUAUCUCACGGAGAACCAAGUCAUUCACAAAGAUCUCAAACCAGAGAACAUCCUGGUGGACAAGAACUUCCACAUAAAGGUGUAGAGUUUAUCGCUGAAUUCCCCACAGAACUCCCUUUUUAAAAAAUCGUAUGAGGGCCCAGAGGAGCUGGUAGAAAAGCUGAAGUCCCUCACAACAGACUCGCUCACUCCUGAAGACCCUUCGCCGUUUUCCAGAGACUCUCCAGGGCCCUUGAGGAGCUCAGACAUCGGUCCGGUGGAGGCCAGCAUUGAAGACCUCAGCUUCAGGACCCCCGAAGAGUCUCUGCUGGAGGUGGACGCCGCGCCUCCCAGCUCUCCCAAUCUGGAGCUCAAACUGGCACAAGAGUACAACUACCACAAAUACGGCAGUCGGAUAGUGGAUCAGCCGGACGCCAGCCUUUAUAACCCGCUCCCGCAGCAGCCAAGCAGCCAGCGGUGGGCCGGAGAGGCUUCUUCUGUCAAGUCUUGGACUAAACCCGCCGCUUACCCAAACCCAAACCCAGAAACCCAGAGCCAUCCGAGACCUGCAAGCUCGUUUGAGGGUUUGCACAGGCCAGACCUGGCGAGUCAGCUCUCGGUGCCGUAUUCUGACUACGACCGACUUCAACAUCCACUGUACAAUCGCAUCAAGUCCUGUCCUGAUGGUGCAUCUCCUGCAGCCGAGUCGUUCAUGCUGGAUUCACAGCCUGGCCUGCGUUUCUCGCCCGUCGUGUGUCCUCCGUCUGACUCGGGGUGGCCUGUGGCCAUCUCAAAUGCCAGUGCAAUUCAAAUCGGGAGUUACAACACGAUGAAUUUGCGAGUCUCUGAUAACAGCUCCUUGAGCUCGUUAUCCGCUGGAUCCAUCAACAGAACCAGAUAUAAUGAGCUUCUAAUGACGUACGAGGAGUAUACGGUCACUGAGAACCACCUGGAGGUCGUGCGUCACAACGUGGGUGGAAACUGGAAGCAGGUGGCUCGUAAACUGGGGCUGACAGACAUAGACGUGGACACGGUCGAGCAUGACUACGACCGCGACGGUUUGGCAGAGAAGGUGCACCAGAUGCUGGAGCGCUGGAAGAUGAAGGAGGGUCUGCAGGGCAUCACCGUGGGUAAACUGUGCCAUGCGCUGGAGGGCUGCAUCAAACCCAACGUACUGCUGCAGCUGCUGCUGAAGUGUCAAGACGCCGCUGGAGUGCCUUGAAACGCCACCUUGUGCUUGUGUCAUAAUCCCAUUAGUGUCGUCUUCACUGGAGGGAAUCAGAUUGGGUAAAGGGGCAUUUAUACAACUCUAACAACCUUCAUCAAACAGUGAAACAUUACAAAGACGUACAGUAUUUCUGACUUCCUAUCAGGCUGUGUUCAUGGUGUUGGAUGCUACGGCAUAAUGAUUACAAUUUUGUGAGCUAUUCAUAGCACAAAAGUUAUCUUCUGCCAUGUGAUCUGAGUUCAUCAUUGAUUCGUACAAAGUGCCUUUUUCCUGAACCUGAUCAGUUGAAUCAGUCUUUAUAUUUCAGAAUCACUUGUCAUGAUUGUAAGAUGCUUUAUGAUUUUUUUUUCUGUUUAGAGAUUUCUUUAAAAUGAAAUACUGGAAUAUAGAUCAGUGACAGGAGUUUGCAUGUUCUCCCUAUGUAAGUGUGGGUUUCCUCCGGGUGCUCCGGCUUCCCCACAGUCCAGACACAUGCAGGUUAGGUGGCCUGGAUAAAUGUGUAUAUGUGGUGUGUGUGUGUGUGUGUGUGUGUGUGUGUGUGAGAGAGAGAGAGAGAGAGAGAGAGAGAGAGAGAGAGAGAGAGUAUGUCUCAGUGCUGGGUUGCAUCAGGAAAGGCAUCCAAUGAUGAUGAUCAGAAAGAUAUAAUAGUGACAAAUCAAAAGAAAAAACAACAUAAAGUGUAUUUUAUGGUGUUGGGCCAUCAUUUGCCAGCAAAACAGCUUCAAUGCACUUUGGCAUUGACUCUAAUUUCUUAAAAUUAAAGGUUCUUUAUUAGUAAUGAUGGAUUGCUUUAUUGACAUAUACACGGAUGUUUAAGAACCUUAAACAUUCAUAGAAUAUUACCAGUGCGCAAAAGGUGCUUUAUAGUGAACGUAAGGUUCUUCAGAUGAUUAAAAAAAGUAAAGGUUCUCUUAAGAACUGAUCGCUUAAAGGUUCUUUGAGGAAUCCAGAACGGUUCUUCUAUGGCAUUACUGUAUGUACCCAUGCGUUUCAUCAAUGCUGGUUCAUCGAUCAGCUUUAUAUUGGUUUGCAGGGACCCAAACCAUGUCAGCAGAAUGCUUGUCAAUGCAUAACAGCCACAGGAUGCCCUGGAUUUUCUUUUCAUUUGUCACCCGUCUGUAUUUCAAAAAUGUUUUUUAUCAUCUCAAUCCGGCUUUUUUAUUAAAAUGUCUUUUUUCUGAGAUGAAAUCAUCUUCUCUCAUUUGUCUGUAUAUAAUAUAUAAUUCUACAUAGGAAGUGGCCUUCUUUAUAGCUAGAGGUCAGUAGAGAGUAUAUGAACAGCGUCUAACACUCAGUGCCCUAAAUCAGCACUUUGUUAACAGUUAACACCAUGACCUUCAAGCAGCAACCACAGUAUUUGGUUUUACAAUGACUAUUAGAAGCCAGAGUGAAAGUCUAGUGGUUUAUAUUUUUCAGAAACCUGAAAGAAGUCACAUACAGCAUAUAUUGCACU